GACACGUAUUGCGUGCCUCGGGCCACUCAAGCGGCGCGAGGGACGCGUCAGCCUCCUGGGCUGCGCUGGCUCUCCCGGUCGAGUGUCCAGCGGUCCGUGGGACAGGCUGCUGGGCUCCGCUAGUCCAGCCUCUGACUCACUUGACUGGUGGCCAGAUAGCUGGAAAACCACACCCCCACCCCUGCGCUGCCCCUGCCCCACCCCUGGCGAUUGUAGGGAGAUCACUGCCCCAAGUCACGCCUAAGGUUACAGAGGGUUGCUGGAGAAGGCCCUAGAACCGGAACUGCUGGGGGUCCUGAUACUAGAUCCGUGGCUGCCAUCUCUCCCAGGUCCCUCCUUCUUUUAGCCAGGUGGGAUGCAGAGGCCAUGAAGGCCUGAGGGCCCUCUUUGUGCCCCAGAAGAGCCAUGGCUCCAAAGCGCAAGCCCCAGGUGCAACAGGAGGGCCCUGAAAAAAAGAAGGGGCGGCAGGGUGCAGAGGAGGAGGACAGCUUCCGCUCCACUGCCGAGGCCCUCAGAGCUGCACCCACAGAGAAGCACGUAGUCCGAGUGGACCCAGCAUGCCCGCUCAGCCACAACCCUCAGACCCAGGUGCAUGAAGACUACGCCUGCACCCUGAAUCAGACCAACAUUGGAAGAAACAACAACAAGUUCUACAUCAUCCAGCUGCUGGAAGAGGGGGACCGCUUCGCCUGCUGGAACCGCUGGGGCCGCGUGGGAGAGGUGGGCCAGUCGAAGCUCAGCUACUUUGUGUUGCUGGAGGAUGCAAAGAAGGACUUUGAGAAGAAAUUUCAGGACAAGACCAAGAACAGAUGGGUGGAGCGGGACCACUUUGUGGCCCACCCGGGCAAGUACACACUCAUCGAAGUACAAGGAGAAGAUGAGGCCCAGGAGGCCGUGGUGAAGGUGGAUGGAGGCUCAGUGAGGAACAUAGUUCAGCGGGUACGGCCCUGCUCCCUGGACGCACCCACACAGAAGCUCAUCACCAACAUCUUCAGCAAGGACAUGUUCAAGAAUGCCAUGACCCUCAUGAACCUGGAUGUAAAGAAGAUGCCCCUAGGGAAGUUGAGCAAGCAGCAGAUUGCACGGGGCUUCGAGGCUUUGGAGGCUCUGGAGCUGGCCCUGAAAGCCCCCACGGAUGGUGGCCCCAACCUGGAGGAGCUGUCCUCCCACUUCUACACUGUCAUUCCCCACAACUUCAGCCGCAACCGGCCCCCGCCCAUCAACUCCCCUGAGCUUCUGCAGGCCAAAAAGGACAUGCUGCUGGUGCUGGCAGACAUCGAGCUGGCCCAGACCCUGCAGGCAUCCCCUGAAGAGGAAAAGGUGGAGGAGGUGCCACACCCCCUGGACCGAGACUACCAGCUCCUUAAGUGCCAGCUCCAGCUGCUGGACCCAGAGGAACCCGAGUACAAGGUGAUACAUACCUAUUUAGAAAAGACUGGUGGCACCUACCGGUGCCCUGCUCUUCAACACAUUUGGAAAGUGAACCGAGAAGGGGAGGGAGAUAGGUUCCAGGCCCACUCCAAGCUGAGUAAUCGAAAGCUACUGUGGCAUGGCACCAACGUGGCGGUGGUGGCCGCCAUCCUUGCCAGUGGGCUCCGCAUCAUGCCACAUUCUGGCGGCCGCGUUGGCAAGGGCAUCUACUUUGCCUCAGAGAACAGCAAGUCGGCUGGCUAUGUUACUGGCAUAUCCUGCGGAGCCCACCAAAUUGGCUACAUGUUCCUGGGUGAGGUGGCACUGGGCAGAGAGCACCACAUCACCAUCGACGACCCCAGCUUGAAGCAGCCACCCCCUGGCUUCGACAGCGUCAUUGCCCGAGGCUCCACAGAGCCUGAUCCAUCCCAGGACACCGAGCUAGAGCUGGACGGCCAGCGAGUGGUGGUGCCCCAGGGCCAGCCUGUGCCCUGUGCAGAGUUCAGCAGCUCCAGAUUCUUCCAGAGCGAGUAUCUCAUCUACCAGGAGAGCCAGUGUCACCUGCGCUACCUGCUGGAGGUUCACCUCUGAACCGUCUGCCUACCCCUGCCCCUUGCCUGGGGCCUACUGGUGGCCAGACUGUCAUCCUUCCUGCCCAUCUCUGGUGCCCCCAAAUCUCCCUCUUAUGUCCCAGACAGUGAUUCCCCCCCUCGCUCCAAUCCUUGCUAGCCGUGGCAUGGCUAUGGCUCCAGAGUCUCGCCUCCUAAGGUGUUGGGUGUGAUGGACUGCCAUUGUUACUGGGGCACAGAUACAGCAGCCCAUUCAAGUUAGAGGAGCACAGGCUGAGAAUGGAUGGAAUCCCACAUCCACCCAGGCUGUCCGCCCUGCCCCAGACUGUCUGUCCGAGAGGUGUGAGCACCAAGGUAGGCUGAACUUCAAAGCAUAUAUACCAAGUUUAUUAAAUAUUGUAUCUGCUCA